CUUCGUCCCCGGGUCGCUGUGCGGCGCUGGCGCUUGCCGUGCCCUGCACAGGGAGGACACAGCCAGUAUGGGGCCGAGGGACACCCGCCAUUACCCGCCUUGGGCGGCUGGCGGCUACGUGGCUGUGCAGGGGAUUAGGGGCAAUAACAAGUUCGCUGGUACCCCGCGUGGGCUGCCUGGCUCAGCGCACACGGGUGGGGGCUGGGUCUCCACUAGGUGGCCCAGGAACAAAGCGGUGGGGAGCGGGCCGAGGGGUGGCUUAGCGCAGCGGCCAAUGCUGACAUGGGAGGUGGCUGUGGAUCUACGAAAGCAGCACGGAAGAGGGGAGGUAAUAAAUAUUUUGCAAUCAAAACAUCAGUGUGAUGAAGGAGAAGCUCACAUGAUUUGUAAUAAGGUCCAGGAAAAACUCCUCAAAGAAUGUCAUGAUCCAGCUAAGGUGUGCAUUACUGAUUUAAGGAUCUCACAUUGGGAAGAAGCAAUACAAGAAACAAAGGGUGGUGAGGCUAAUCGAAAUCUGGCGGCAGAAUGUUAUUUCCUUUGGAAAACUACACGCCUACAGCAUCUAACCCUAACAGAGGAGACAAGAAGCAUGCUUACUGAACUUCGAAAAAUGGUCCGCUUGCUUUUAUUAACUAAUGGAGACAAACUCACUCAGAGGGAGAAGAUUGAAGCAUGUGCCUGUCAACCAUACUUUGAUGCUAUUGUUGUGGGAGGAGAACAGAAAGAAGAGAAACCAGCACCAUCUAUAUUUCAUCAUUGUUGUGAUCUGCUCGGGGUACAGCCUUGGGACUGUGUGAUGGUUGGUGACUCACUAGACACAGAUAUUCAAGGAGGCCUGAAUGCAGGUUUGAAAGCAACUGUCUGGAUAAAUAAAACAAUGACAAUGCCAGUAAACACUUAUCUGCUACCUCAUUAUAUAAUUUCUUCUGUUCUUGAUCUUCCAGCACUCUUACAGAAUAUGGACCACAAAACGAAUGCUAAGUUAGAAACUGACAAGAUGGUUAGUAUUAAUGACAUACAUGACAGUGCCAGUAUAGAAUCUAAGAAAUGCUAAGUCCUUAGCCUGCUAAUGCUUUUGUUGAAAGUUUGGCCCUAAAAUCUUAUACAUGUAAACAUGUUUACUCAAACAGUGGAUGGGUGAGUAAGAGUAUAUUUAUGAGUGGAGGUCAAUAGAAGAAAAGUAUUGAAGUG